AAUUAAGCCCUGAAUUAGUGGAAAGUCAUUCAUUGAGUCGAUUCAUACAUUGAAGUGAUUUAUGUUUGAUUUUUUGCGCUUUGAAUGAAAGACUCGUUUAGAAGCGAAUUAUACAAUAAUAGCGAUUAUGACGAGGGAUGCGGUUCAAGGGCGAAGACAACCCUCACAAUCAUCUGUCGACUGCGAGACACACGUUGGGAACGGCUUCAGUCGACAACAUAACGCCUAUGAGUCGAGUCUAUUGCUGGUGAACAGUAGUGGCCAUAGAGACCAUAGAGACUAUCGCAGCACUCAGUCGAUUACUGACACCAAUAGGAUGUCUGACAAACCAAACUUACACAAGUCAUCCCAGUCGGCCAGUUCUACAUCCCUGGCCAAUGGCUUCCAACUCAAGAAGGAGUUGGGACUCAUGAAUGGCGUGGCCAUCAUUGUGGGCAUCAUUGUCGGCAGUGGUAUCUUCGUCUCCCCCCGCGGUGUCCUCCAAGAAGCGGGUUCUGUAGGUCUGGCGCUCAUCGUCUGGAUAUCGUGCGGAAUCCUCUCGGGUAUCGGUGCCCUAUGUUAUGCAGAAUUGGGAACUUCUAUUCCCAAGUCUGGCGGUGACUACGCGUACAUUAACGAAGCCUUUGGACCAUUGCCUGCAUUCCUAUUCCUUUGGGUUGCUUUACUCAUAAUAAUGCCGACGGGGAACGCCAUCGCAGCCCUCACUUUCGCCAAUUAUAUUCUUCAGCCGCUGUUUCCCAACUGCGAUGUCCCGCCAAACGCCGUCAGACUAAUCGCCGCAAUAUGGGCGACAAAAGUGCAGAAUAUAUUCACUUUCGCCAAAAUAGCUGCCCUGCUUAUUAUUAUAAUCUGCGGUGCGGUUCAUCUAAUCCAAGGAAAUACACACAAUUUAUCGUAUCCACACUCGUUUGAGGGCACAUCCACAUCACCUGGACACAUUUCACUCGCAUUCUACUCCGGACUAUUCUCAUAUGCCGAACUAAAGGAGCCCUACAAGAACCUACCCAGGGCUAUUUAUAUAUCGUUGCCAUUAGUAACAAUCAUCUACUUAUUGGCAAAUAUUGCUUACUUUGUGGUCUUAACGCCGGCUGAGGUGCUGAGCAGUAAUGCGGUUGCCGUCACUUUUGGCGAAAGAGUAUUAGGAAUAUUCCAGUGGAUUAUGCCCUUAUCGGUGGCUCUCUCCACAUUCGGGGGUCUCAAUGGAGGCAUAUUCGCCUCCUCCAGACUAUUCUUUGUGGGCGCCCGCAGUGGACACCUCCCGGGGAGUCUGGCUAUGAUUAACAUUAGAUACUACACUCCAAUGCCUAGUCUAUUAUUUUUAGGCUUAUUAUCGCUGCUGUAUUUGACAACAACUCAGGUCUAUGUGCUAAUCAAUUACACGGCAUUUAUAGAGUCACUUUCGGUCACCUUUUCGGUGGCGGCCCUCCUAUGGCUGCGCAUCAAGCAGCCCGACCUCCACCGGCCCAUCCGAGUGAGCCUUAUAUUGCCGGUCGUGUUCUUCAUCACCUGUACAUUCCUCGUACUCCUGCCCUUCUAUGUCAGUCCUUACGAGACUGGCAUCGGCGCUGCCAUCACUUUCAGUGGCAUUCCUGUGUAUAUGGUUACUAUUUAUUGGCGAUCCAAACCACUUAUUUAUAAACGAUUUAUAAGAGCUUUUACUCGAAGUGUUCAAAGACUGCUGUAUUGUUCCAAAGAAGAAGACAAACGUCAGGUUAAAUAAUAGUAAUUUUUGAAGUUUUUUCCACAAAAAUCAUCAAAUGAUUUAACAAAAGACCACAAAAAGAUUGGUAUGUAUAGUAAAAACAUAUCAAAUGUUUUGUAGCCUUAAAAGACAAUUAGUUUGAAUGCAACGA